ACAUGCGCAGUGGCGCGGCGUGCUGCCUUCAGUCAGUGGAGCAGCUGUCCAGGGUUUGGAAUUCCAACAUGGCAGAGGCUGUGGUCAGUCUUCCCCUCACUAACUUGGAAUGGUUUCAAAUCGCGAGCAGCCACGCUUGAUCGCGGCGAGCCCCGCAUUCGUCCCUGCGUUCCGAGGAUCGAUGGUCCCCUAAGCCGUGACGCUGCCCUGUCACCUCACACAGGUCUAAAGAUGCAGUGGACCCCGGAGCACACACAAUGGGCAGAACAACACUUUGACAUCUCAUCCACUACCCGCUCUCCAGCACACAAAGUGGAGGCCUACAGGGGGCACUUACAGCGAACAUACCAGUAUGCGUGGGCAAACGAUGACAUCUCUGCGCUGACUGCCUCCAAUCUGCUCAAGAAAUAUGCAGAGAAGUACUCUGGGAUCCUAGAAGGCCCAAAUGAAAGAGGCCUGCUGUGCUCCUACUCCGAUAGCAGCAGUGGACUCGUGAAUGGACGAAAGUCGGAGAAUGAGUCCUGGCAGGAGGGGAUUUACCCAAUGAACUGUGCUCCAGAUGUUAUAUCUGUGAGCAAAGCUGGAAUGACAGCUGCCCUCCCCCCUACAGACGUGUCUGCGAGCAUAGGAAGCUCCCCAGGGGUGGCAAGCAGCUUGUCUGAGCCUAGCUACUCCAGCAGUAACUGUGGGAGUCACCCAGCCACCACUCUUCACUCUGGCCUCCCCACUCAGGAAUAUACUGCCAGUUACAAUGGCUCUUACCUGCAUUCUACCUACAGCAGCCAGAGCACCCCGGCCCUGCCCUCCCCUCACCCCUCUCCCCUGCAGAGUGCUGGGCUCCUACAACCACCACCGCCUCCACCUGGUUUAGUGCCAAGCUACAAUGCCGGCUCUCCCAACCUUCCCAACUACAGUUAUCCUCCAGCAGGGUAUACUUCACAGACUGCUGUGGGUCCCGGUUAUAGCCCUGGGGGAGCACCGCCACCUUCUGCUUAUCUGCCGUCUGGCAUUGCGGCUCCCACCCCAAUACCCCCCUCCACUCUGCCUGGCUACACCUACCAGUCUCACAAUCAUACGCCAAUCGCACCUACACCUUUGAACGGCAGCUCAUCCAACUCAUUAAAACGAAAAGCUUUCUACAUGAGCGGACAUGGAGAUGUGGACUCGAGCUACACUAAUUUCAACUACAACCAACAGCGCUCCUCGCAGAGCCCUAUGUACAGAGUAGCAGACAGCAGCGUCUCAGACUCAAGCAGGGGCGCUGGCUUUGAGAGAAACACAGAGCCAUCGUCUUUAGCUUUUAAGCCAACCAAACAGCAAAUGUCCUCUGAUCAGCAAAGAAAAUUCAACGUGCACUCCGGCAGAGCGCUGACUCCUCCGUCUUACGGAUCAACCAAAAACUCUGCGGGGGAUCUAAGAACCGGCGACGCCUACAGCAAGUUUGGAUCCCCCAUCAUGAGCGAGCAAACUGAAGAGCACAGACAACACAUCUCCCACUCCCUUUCAGGGCCUGAUAUAGGAACGGCUACCUCGUCCAUCCACACUGCAGAGGAACAAUUGAAGAGCAGCGAUUCCGGUCUGGUGGAAAUGGUUAACACUGAAAUCCUUCAGCAGGGCUCUCCGGUAGACUGGACUGACAUCGCAGGCCUAGAUGUGGCAAAAGCAACUAUUAAAGAAGAGAUACUGUGGCCUAUUUUGAGACCCGACAUGUUUAGCAGUCUUGCCACAUUACCUCGGAGCCUGCUUUUAUUUGGACCUCAGGGAACUGGUAAAUCACUCCUGGCACGGUGCAUGGCCAGCCAGCUGGGGGCUGCUUUUUUGCGGCUGAGUGGUUCAGCACUGGUGACCAAGUGGCUUGGAGACGGGAGCAAGAUCAUCCAAGCUUCUUUCCUCGUAGCUCGCUGUCGCCAACCAGCGGUAGUCCUCAUCAGCGACGUGGAUCUGCUGCUGUCUGCCCAGCUCACCGAAGAGAGCCCAGUAAAUCACCUCAAGGCUGAGCUCCUCAUCCAGCUCGAUGGUAUUCUGACCUCUGCAGAGGACCACGUUCUUGUGGUCUGCUCCACAACCAAGCCCGAAGAGAUCCCCGACACCCUACGGAGGUACUUUACUAAGCGUUUGCUCAUCCCGUUGCCUGAUGGGACCGCUCGCCAUCAGAUAAUCAGCCAACUUCUCUCGCAGCACAACUAUUGUCUCAGUGACAAAGAAAUGUCUUUAUUGGUUCAGAGGACAGAGGGAUUUUCAGGGCUGGAUGUAGUCCAGCUGUGUCAGGAGGCCGUGGUUGGCUCUCUCCAUGGCAUUCCUGGGGCCGACCUUCCCAGCAUCCAUCCCAGUCAGAUGAGACCCGUGGCGUAUCAAGACUUUGAAAAUGUAUUUUGCAAAUUCCAGCCUAGCAUAUCACAAAAAGAGCUUGACGUGUACACUGAGUGGAAUAAAAUGUUUGGCUGUAGCCAGUGAAUGGGACCAAUCGGACACAAUUUCCUUACAAUAUGUUAAAUAAAAAUAAGUGUUUGGUCCUUUUUAAACAAUACGAAGACAGUGGUGACGUCAACAUUUUGUGUGGAGCUUUGGACACAGUAUGGACAUGAUACAAUGUUACAACCACAUGCUUAUUAAAAUAACGUCAAAAGGAUGCCCCAUUUUUUUGUAUAUAAAUAUAUACAAAUAUAUAUAGAUAUAAUGCUGAUUUUGAGAUUUAGUUGCUAUCAAGUGCCUGAGAUGGUGCUGUUUUAAGUUUCUUUUUGCCUCACAAUCUUCAUUGGUGGUAUGUGCUAAUAUAAAAAAAAGCUUUACAAUGUGAAACAAACUCUUUUUUUUUUAUUGCAACAGUGUUGUUCAGCUGCGUCUGUUUCGUGCUCUCUGUGAACUGUUGUGGUUAAUUUCAGCUGAAUUAAAUUAAUUGGCAGAAUUUUC